UCGGACCUGACAACAAGCUAUCUGCUGUGAGUCUUUGAUGAUAUGGGCACUGCGCUGGCAUUUAAAUUCCUCGGAUAACCUAGAGUCAAAUGAACAACGCCCUGCAAGCAUUUCAUCGUCAUUAAACAUAUACUAUAAUCGCCUCUCUGCAUUUCCACUAUGCCGGUUUUUGGUCCGUGUUUCGUAUCUGGAGAUUUACAAUGAGGAAGUGCGAGACUUGUUGGGCAAGGACCAGAUGCAGAGGCUCGAGGUGAAAGAAAGACCAGAUGUUGGAGUGUAUAUCAAAGACCUCUCUGGUUACGUCGUGAACAAUGCUGAUGACAUGGACAGGAUUAUGACACUGGGCCACAAAAACCGCUCUGUCGGUGCCACAAACAUGAAUGAACACAGCUCCCGUUCUCACGCAAUCUUCACCAUCACCAUCGAGUGCAGUGAGAAAGGAGUAGAUGGAAACCAGCAUGUGCGAAUGGGAAAGCUUCAUCUGGUUGACCUUGCAGGUUCGGAGAGACAGGGCAAGACUGGUGCAACAGGUCAGCGUUUAAAGGAAGCGACAAAGAUCAAUCUCUCUCUCUCCACUCUGGGUAACGUCAUCUCUGCCCUGGUGGACGGCAAGAGCACACACGUGCCCUACAGGAACUCCAAACUAACCCGUCUGCUGCAGGAUUCACUAGGAGGAAACUCCAAGACCAUGAUGUGUGCAAAUAUAGGUCCUGCAGACUAUAACUAUGAUGAGACCAUCAGUACCCUGCGCUAUGCUAAUAGGGCUAAGAACAUCAAAAACAAAGCCAGGAUCAAUGAGGACCCUAAGGAUGCCCUGUUGCGCCAGUUUCAGAAGGAGAUUGAGGAGCUCAAAAAGAAACUGGUGGAAGGUGAAGAGAUCUCUGGCUCAGAGGCCAGUGGAUCAGAAGAGAUGGAUGAAGGUGAUGACGAAGGAGGGGAGGCAGGAGAAGGCCGCAGGAGAAGAAGAGAAGAAAGAGGGAGGAAGAAGGUUUCCCCAGACAAGAUGGUGGAGAUGCAGGCAAAGAUUGAAGAGGAAAGAAAGGCACUGGAGGCCAAGCUAGACAUGGAAGAGGAGGAGAGGAACAAGGCAAGAGCAGAGCUGGAGAAGAGGGAGAAGGAUCUCCUUAAAGCCCAGCAGGAGCAUCACCUUCUGCUGGAAAAAUUGUCAGCCUUAGAGAAGAAGGUGAUUGUAGGCGGGGUAGACCUCCUGGCUAAGGCUGAGGAGCAGGAGAAGCUUUUGCAGGAGUCCAACAAUGAACUGGAAGAACGUCGCAGGAGAGCGGAGCAGCUGCGGAGGGAGCUAGAGGAGAAAGAGCAAGAACGUCUGGACAUAGAAGAGAAAUACACUAGUCUGCAGGAGGAGGCUCAAGGAAAGACCAAGAAGCUGAAGAAAGUAUGGACCAUGCUGAUGGCUGCCAAAUCAGAAAUGGCAGAUCUGCAGCAAGAGCAUCACAGAGAGAUUGAGGGUCUCCUGGAGAACAUUCGUCAGCUGAGUCGAGAGCUGCGCCUCCAGAUGCUCAUCAUAGACAACUUUAUUCCCCAGGAAUACCAGGAGAUGAUAGAGAAUUACGUGCACUGGAACGAAGACAUUGGAGAAUGGCAGCUGAAAUGUGUGGCAUACACUGGCAACAAUAUGAGAAAACAGACCCCUGCUCCAGACAAAAAAGAAAAAGACCCAUUUGAGGUGGAUCUGUCCCAUGUGUAUCUGGCCUACACAGAGGAGAGCAUGCGGCAGUCACUGAUGAAACUAGAGAGACCCAGAACCUCUAAAAGCGGCAAGAGUGGCCGGCCCAAGACUGGACGAAGGAAAAGAUCUGCAAAGCCAGACGCUGUGAUCGAAUCCCUCCUGCAGUGAACACGGCCUAGAGAAGAGUUUAGUCUCACUGUAGCUUUUAUGUUACUUUAGGAAAAGAAGUCAUUAGUGCAGUCUGAAGAAUUUAUUGUUGAAUAUUAUUUAAAAGACGAUCUGAAUACACUGUAUAGUUGGUUAAAUGUGAAGGAGGUGUGUCUAUGGUAGGAUCAAGACCUCUUCUGUUACUUGUAUUAUAAUCUAAGACUUCUUUGAAGAUGUCCAACAUUUUAAUGGAACACAUUUCUGCAGCGUCAGCCAACAAAAUAAGUUAUUUUACCCAAGCACCUCUAGCAUUAAGGAGGAAUUUACCAUGCACAUAUUUCACUUGCAACAUCAUUGGUUAGGAUAUGACCAACUCUCUAAAGGAAGUCAUAGAAUUGACAGGAUGUUGAACAUAUAAUUGAAGACAUGAACUAGAAACUGCAUUAAUGUUCAUAUUUUGUGAAAUUUGUUAAGUGUAUUUAACAUGCAAACUGUUUGGCAGUGAACCACACACUGAUUCUGUAUUAUGGAUUUCCUGCUAUGUGAGAAAGUGAUUCAUAUUAAGUAAGCCGUGCUGAUAUGAAUGCAUUAUAAUCUAAUUAACGGUGCAAUUUCACUUAAAUUAAAGCAAAUUAUUCUACUCUGAGUAUAAGUUGUAGCCUCAAUGUUUCUUCCCAUUGAAUUCAAGAAAUCAUUAACGUGGAGAAAAAACUAAAAUAAACACUAAUGUGGUGGGAACAAGGAGAGGAGAGUAUGUAGUAUCAAGUAUGUAACUGAAAAGUGUGUUUUAUACUUCUUUUAGAUCAGACGUGUAGGGGCAUGCAUGCCAGCCAGCUCUUAUGUUGGUGCCAUUUGCUAAUCUAAGCAUUAAUCAUUUACAAAUGUCAGAACACUUUGUGUUAUAUUGAAAUACCCUAUACAUACUGUAUGCCUUAGUAUAAUGCACUAUGAGGUUUUUGUGGGGAUGAUUUGAUUUUAUGAUGUUCUGUAGAUGGAGGAAAACUGGUUUUUAUUUUGUAUCAUAAUGUAUGUCAAAUGUUUACAUCCACCAAACCCCUGGAUAUUUUAUUCAUUAAAUUAUUUUACACGUUA